ACAUCAGUUCAACGUUUCCCUGCUAAAAGUCCAAAUAAAAGAAAGUGUUGUCUCAGCAGACUCCAACGACCGUCCAUAACGAGACUACGUCCUCUUUACAACUCGCCCUGGUCCAGUUCCGAGAUAAGACGGGAGUCCUCAUUUCAAACAAAACCUUUAUUUGAUGUCACAGUCCACCGCCGUAAAAAAAGUCCCAUAAGAGAGUUCGUUGACCCGAGGGUGGUCCCGGCCCGCAUGUCCCUCGUAAAACUGCUUAUGGCCCCGUCUUUGAUGGACGCCCAAGAGGGGGCGGAGCCAGGACUAUAUAAGGACCAGCAGGUCUGGGCCUCGGCACCUCCUGAGCCCACACCUGCACCAUGGCCUUCGCCGGAAGAUACGAAACCGAAACCCAGGAGGGCUACGACGCCUUCUGCAAGCUUCUGGGCAUCCCGGCCGACGUCAUCGAGAAGGGCCGCGACUACAAGAUCAUCACCGAGGUCACCCAGGACGGGAAGGACUUCUCCUGGACUCAGGUCUACCCCACCGACGCCAGGGUGACCAACAAGUUCACGGUGGGCCAGGAGUGCGACAUGGAGACCAUCGGGGGCAAGAAGUUCAAGGCCACCGUGUUCUUGGAGGGCGGCAAGCUGAGCGUCUCCUUCCCCAACUACCAGCACACCUCCGAGAUCCUGGCAGGGAAACUCAUCGAGACCUCCACAGCUGGGUCGGUGGUGCUGAAGAGGACCAGCAAGAAGAUCUGAGUUCUCGGGGACCUUUUUGGGGUCCAGACUCCGUGAAUAAAGUACCACCAAACCUUCAA